GGAGAGGGAGCGUGGGCGCGUGCGCGGGGGCUUUCCCGUCAAGCCGCGGGAGCGGUGGCGCAGGGCCUUGUGGGGGAUGUAGUUCCCGAGCGCAGAGGCCGCGGGGCUCGCCGGGGAGGACUCGGUUUCCCAGCGGGCCGAGCGCGGCGCAAGAUGGAGGCGGCCGUGCGGCGGCGAGCCGGUGCGGCGUGAUCGAGGGACACAUGGCGGAGACGGGGCCAAGCCAGCCCCCACCUGGCUUGCAGCAGGUCGAGCAAGGGACGGAGUACGACGCCCUGCCAAGCGACGCCGUCUCCCUCAGCGACUCUGACUCGGACCUCAGCUUGCCUGGCGGGGUUGAGCUGGAAGCUCUGUCCCCGGAGGGGCUGCCUGGGGAUGCUCAGGAGGAUUCAGACCCUGAAGAGCCGCCACCACCUCCCCAGGGCGCCCCCCCAGCCUCCGUCCAGCCCUUCCACCUGAGAGGCACGAGCCUCCCCUUCUCCCAGCGCAGCAGAAACAUCUUUGACUGCUUGGAGGGGGCGGCCAAGCGGGCUCCGCCCUCCGUAGGCCAAGGUGGUCUGGGUGACCUGGGGGGCUUCCCAUGGCCCCCUGCUCCCGCUAGCCAGCCUCCAGCUGGGGGCCUGGGCAGGGACAGUUUGACCCCCGCCCCCCGGAGGGGAGCCCCCGUCCCUGACUACGUGGCCCAUCCUGAGCGCUGGACCAAGUACAGCCUGGACGACGUGGCUGAGGUUAGCGAGCAGAGCAACCAGGCCGCUGCCCUGGCCUUCCUGGGUGCGCAGAGCCUGGCUGCACCCCAAGACUACACGCCCUCCUUCAACCAAGAUCCCUCCAGCUGUGGGGAGGGGAGAGUUGUCUUUAGCAAGCCAGCCCGAGCUGGCGAGGCCAGGUCUGAGAGAAAGCGGGUCCUGGGGAAGGCAGGAGAGCCAGGCAGGGACACCCCUGGCCACCCGGGAGCAGCGGGGGCCGAGGGCCCCGUGGAGUUGACCCACCUGGCUGCGCUUGGGAGCCCAGAGGCCGAGGACCCGAGUGGCCCCCAAGGGGGUCUGCAGGAGGCGAGCACACCGGAGGGGGCCGAGCAGGCUGGGGCCGUGGCGGGGCCCCCAGCGGUGGAGACUGUUGGCUUCCAUGGCGCCAGGAAGCGGAGUAGAGGCCACUUCCGGAGCAGGAGCAGCCGCGCGGAGGACCCGGGUGCUGAGGGCUGAGGGGAGGUGGCCCUGCUGGCCUGGGGCCUUAGGGAUGGGGUGUGGGCCUGCAGGCUGCCUGCCGGUGAUGCUGGCAGUCCUGGCUUUGGCUGGCAUGGUCUCCGGGUCAGGGCAGCCCCCGGAUCCUGGUCCCCAGGAGCGGAGACCUGGCCAGGGCGCAGCCAGGGGCGCCAGAGGCCGGGUGGCCGCGCGGGAACAGUAAAGAUGGCUGUGACUCUUCAGUUCCGUGUCUCUGUGGCUGGCCCCGUCUCU